CUGAUUUUUUGCGUUUUGUAAACAUCAAAACGUGAUAAUCCAAAAGUAGGUCACCCACCACCGCAGGAAAACAUGAUUUUCCAUCUUAUUUUAUCUCUCCAUAACUACCUCUAAAAUUUACCGCCAUAUACACUCCUGUGCCCUUGGACUCCCGGAGAAGAAGAACAAAAUACAAUCGCCGGCCAUUCAAAUCAUCUCUCUCGGAUCUUUCCACAUCUGAAUCUGGUACAUCUCAUCGUCUCUGUUCGAUUAUAUGAUUUGGUUUGUACGAUUUCAGUUUUACCCUGUUUUUAGUAGUUAGGUGUUGUUUAUUAGUGAUUUAGGAGUUUAUAUUCUGUCAGGAAACUCUGUAUUUGCUCAAUUUCAACCCUAAGUAUGUAGAGAAACUCGGGAGGGGCGGCUGCGGUGCACCAUCGUUGGACGUGGUCGCCGACGAGUUUCGGUGUGAUUCGGAUGAGUUUCGUUGUGAUUCGGUGUGUUGUUUGAACUUUUCGGACAAUUAUUCAUCAAUUUCGUUUAAGGAUCAGUUGAGUUUCAUUGAGUUUCGGUUGAAAUUUUGAUAAAUUUUGACAAAGUUUCGAUAUAAUUUAUUGAUAUUCGAUGAUUUUUGGUUCGAGUUCUAUAUAUUUUGAAGAUUUCAAACAGUUUGUCAUUGAUUUCAAAUUGAGUUUCAGGUCGAAAUUAUCAGUUUUGAACAGUUUACAAUCGAUUUUCGUUGGUUUCGGUUUGAUUUUAUGAGUUUUUGAUUACUGUUACAUUGUUAGUUUGUCAUUAAACAGUGGUAAUUUCAAUUUAGUAUUGCAUUUUGGGUCAUCAUACGUGUAUGUGGAAUGGAUAAUUCAUGAGUGCUCUGAAGUUUUAAAAUGUUUAUGAGCAUAGUAUUAAGUUAAUCUGUUAAUCAUUAAUAUUUGUCAUUAAACAGUAGUAAUUUUGUUUUAGUAUCACUUUUUUUUGGAUUUUCAUACGUGUGUUUGGAACAAAUGAAUUAAGAUUUAGGAGUGCCUUGAGUUUUGAAAUUUUAUGAACACUGUAUGAAGUUAAUGUGUUAAUAAAUAAUUAAGUGUAAGGCUUGAAGUGAGUUUGUUAAGACUGUGACCAAACAAUGUGAAAUCUAGAGUGAUAUGGACAGAAGUUUCAAUGGAGAUCUAAUUUUGGAGUUUAGACUCUAGACAUGCUAGUGUUGAAGAAAUUUUUAGAUGAUGAACACUUGAUAGAGCUCGGUAAAUAUGUGAAUUCCGAUAGUGAAGAUGAGAAUAAUGACUCGAAUGAGGAAGAUUGGUUAGAUGAUGAGAAACGGUUUUUACUAUUAUGCGGUUUAGUCGUCAAAGGGGUGAUGGUAGUACAUAAUAUGAUGAAUAUCCCACGUAUCCCUUGUUGCACUUCCUGUCGUACAGGAAAUAUUUUUUAUUCAAGAAAUACUCAAUGGUCAUCCUAGACGUUGCUAUGAAGAUUUCAGGUUACAUGUUGAUGUUUUCAAGAGCUUAUGUUCGGAUCUUAGAAUGCACUACAACCUAAAGGAGACACGUAAUGUAUCUAUUGAAGAGUCUGUUGGUAUUUUUUUGUUGAUAUUAGCACACAGAUGUGGAAAUAGACUAGCUCAAGAAAUUUUCAAUCAUUCAGGGGAAACUAUUCAUAGACAUUUCCAUCGUGUCUUAAGAGCGGUGCUUAAGCUUAGCGGAGACAUCAUCAUGCCUAAAGCAAACUACAAUGAUGAAGUACCUCCACAACUCUCGGCAUUACCCCAUGUUCAAGGAUUGCAUUGGUGCUAUUGAUGGGACACAUGUUAAGGCAUCAGUUCAAGAGCAUGAACAAGCAAAAUAUAUUGGUAGAAAAGGAUAUGCAACCCGAAAUAUCAUGGCAGCAUGUGAUUUUAAUAUGUGUUUUACAUUUGCAUGGGCGGGAUGGGAAGGCACUGCACAUGACACAAGAAUUUUUUUAGAAGCAUUACGUAAGCCAGAGGUGAAAUUUCCUCGUCCAACAGAUAAGUACUAUGUUGUUGAUGUCGGGUACCCAAAUACCAGAGGCUAUCUUGCUCCAUAUAAUGGAAAUGAUGUUCGUUAUCAUAUACCUGAUUUUCGUCGAGGUCAAACAGCUGCCCAACGCGCUCCGAAAGGACUAAAAGAGACAUUUAACUACUAUCACUCAUCUUUAAGAAAUGUGAUCGAACGGACAUUUGGAGUAUGGAAGGCAAGGUGACCAAUAUUAAAAGAUAUGCAUGUUAAUUACUCUUAUGAAACACAGGUCGACAUUAUGAUAGCAUCCAUGGCAAUUCACAACUACAUUAGGAUGAAAGGUCAUUUUGAUGAAGCAUUUAACAAAGCACAAAAAGAAACUUAUCGUCCAACUCGAGAUGUUGAAGGUAAUACAUCCAUCAGAAUUAAUGGAACACAAGAAGACAUAACUACACGUCGUAGGCAAGACGAUAUGUAUAUGAGUUCGGUAAGAGAGAGAAUUGCAAGAGAUAUUAUGCAAUCUAAUUGAAUGUUUAUCUGUUGCAAUUGCGGUACAAAUGCAGAAUAGUGAAUAAUUUGUUUACUUA